GAGCGGCGGCCGGUGGGUGAAGAACUGUACUGCUCCUGUCAUCGUGUAGCCAGGUAUUCGAAUGCAGUUUUCUUUGUGAAAGGAAAAGGUGCUGAUUUUAUGAGCUGACUCUAGCUGCGAUUUCAUAACCACCGAUCGAGAUAACAUCGGGAAAAAUGUACGUUAAAGUGCGGACUAUCGAUGGAAAGCAGGAAGUGGUGUUAACCAUUUCCAAGCUGACCACUGUCGAGGAUUUCAAGUUAGAGGUGCAAAAGGAGAUGUCGGUGAAGCCAGAUCUGCAGAGACUUUUUUAUCGAGGCAAACAGCUGGAGAAUGGAUACAAACUCUUUGAUUACAAUGUUAACUUGAACGAAGUGAUCCAGCUCAUGGUGAAAGCAAAAACAGAUGAGAAGCCAAAGGAAGAGAUCAUUCCUGCAGCAGAUCCCAUCAAAGAAGAAAAGAAAAAGGAAAGUAACGAAGAGGAGCUGAUCGAAGCGGAGAGUCUUUACUACAGAGUAGGCGAUUGCAUUGAUUGUAUCGAUAUAGCUUACGGAGCCUGGUUUGAAGCUAGAAUUAUCAAAAUCUUUAAACGUGCUGGUAGUUUAAUUUAUGGUCUCAAGUGGGAAUUUGAAGAUGCUGAUGAGGAGUUUGAUGUAGCCGAACAAUUUAUUAGGCCUCGUGCUCGACGGCUGCUAAACUUCAAUGAACUCGAAAUUGGGCAGAAAGUUAUGGUCAAUCACAACGUGGAGGAACCCAAAAAGAAUGGCUUUUGGUACGAUCUUCUUAUCACGAAGAUUCACAAAAAUAAAGCAAACGAAGAGCUGACUGGCACGUUAUAUGUUGGAAGGAAUCAUUUACUAAUAGAGAAUUGUAAAGUUAAACCAAAGGGAGAAGUGUUUGCCAUAGAGGAGCCAAAGCUUCUAGAGGAUUGUACAGCGAAGGAUUUGGAAUUGUUAAGACAAAACAGUACAAAGAGAAGGGUUGCGGUGCUCUGUACAACUUGCAUGGACAAUACUCGAAGGAAAUGCAGGGACUGCGGAUGCAGAGUUUGCGCUGGCAAGGAGGAUGCUCAUCAUCUUUUGCUUUGCGAUGAAUGCAACUCUGCGUACCAUCUUCGUUGCCUCGAUCCUCCACUUGAAAGUAUUCCUACGGAGGAUGAUUGGUAUUGUCCGGAGUGUAAAAAUGACGAAAAUGAAAUAGUAAAGGCUGGGGACAAAUUAAAACAAACCAAGAAGAAGACGAAAACUACUCUCGGGGAGAGUAAAGACAAGAGGGAUUGGGGUAAAGGUAUGGCUUGCGUAGGUAGGACGAAGGAAUGUACUCUAGUCCCACCGAACCAUCGUGGUCCAAUACCUGGAGUUGAGGUUGGAAUGUGUUGGAUGUUUCGUCUGCAGGUCUCCGAAGCAGGAGUACACAGACCACAUGUAGCCGGAAUACAUGGCAGAGAGACUGAUUGUGCUUAUUCGAUAGUACUAUCAGGUGGUUACGAAGAUGACAUCGAUAAUGGUGAUGAAUUUAUGUACACUGGCUCAGGAGGACGAGAUUUGUCAGGAAACAAGAGGACAGCUGAGCAAAGCUGUGAUCAGACGUUGACUCGUAUGAACAAAGCUUUGGCUCAAAAUUGCAACGCAAAGUUGAACAGCGUCAAUGGUGCAACUGCUACAAAUUGGAGAGGUGGUAUUCCUGUCAGAGUUGUUCGUAACUACAAGCUAGCAAAGCAUAGUAAAUACGCACCGAAAGAAGGAAAUCGAUAUGACGGAAUAUACAAAGUAGUGAAAUACUUCCCGGAACGUGGAAAGAGUGGCUUCAGCGUUUGGCGUUAUCUGCUUCGAAGAGAUGAUCCAGCUCCUGCACCUUGGACAGCAGAAGGCAAGAAAAGGAUAGCUUCACUCGACUUGGAGAUGAUGUAUCCGGAUGGAUUCCUCGAAGCAAAAGAACAAAAUAAAUCCACUCAACCAGGAAAUAAACGGAGCGCAUUGAGGGAAAAGAGCAAUUCUCCGAGAGGUAGGAAGGCAUCUCCACCGAAAAAGAAGCAAAAAAGGGAAGGUUACCAGCUGGAUGAUAAAUUGUCGCAAUUCAUUGAAGAAGACCAAAGCAAUGCGAAACUUUGGGAAGAAUGUGCCAUUGCUUUGCCGGACGGGAAGGCUGCAUAUUUGCAGCGAGUCUCUGAAAGGUUUCAGUGCGUCUGCUGCCAAGAAAUAGUGUUCCGUCCUGUAACGACACCAUGUGCUCACAAUAUUUGUUUGAGUUGCCUGAAGCGCAGCUUUGUAGCUGAAGUUUAUACCUGUCCAGCCUGUCGUCAUGCUCUUGACAAAGAUUGCGAGGUGCAAGUUAACGAGCCACUCUCUUCUGCCUUGCUCCUUCUCUACCCUGGCUACGAGGCCGGUAGAUAACUCGAGCUUCCACUCAUUCUUUGCCCUAUACACACUUAAUUAUUAUUAAUUACUAGUGAUUAUUACACCAUUAAGGCUCGUUAAAGCCGAGUGUCACAAUUCUGACAGGUCUAUCUUGAUAGUUCAAAUUAUCACCCGAUGAAUGCCAAACCAUCAAUUGAGUCCAUUCAUCGGUGGCAGUAUUCUUUUACGGUCCGGAGUAAUAUUGUUAAUGUUUUACAGCGUCUAGAUGAAUGAUUGCAACGAUAUUAUCGGUGCAGGUAAUUUAUUAGUAGUGUUUGCAAUUACGAUAGGUUAUGUUAGAACGAUGAUCAGUUCGGGGUGAGAAGUUUUACCUGUCCGAUAUACUUUGUUGUGCCAUGUUAUUAUCCUCCGUUUUGAUACUAUUUUAAGGUUUUCAAUCGAGGUUUAUCUGUUUGCGUAAACAAUUGAUUCUGCGAACGGACAAAUUAAUUCCUUGUAAUAUAUAUUUGACUUGAUGUUGAUAAUGUGGCACAGAAUUAUCAGAAGAGAAUGUCUGUUUCUGUAACGACGGUGUCUCAUUUUUUUUCUUUUUAUUAACCCCCUUUCCUGAUGUUUGUAGGACGUCAGAAUAUGAGGAAAAAAUUUCACUCUGCAUUCUUCCAUUCCAUUUUAACGUUUCAUUUGAACACGAUGUUGAAAGAGUUGAAAUAAAUUAGUUUCCAUAUUUUGGAGGUUUUUCUCUAGCAUUUAUGUAGUACAAAAAGUAUAGGAAUAGGGCUGUAGACUUGUCAUAUUCUUUGACAGCCUUCUAACAAUAUUGUUAAAGCUGAGAAGUAGGUUAGUUCAUAUUUUUCCUCAGUUUUGCAAUGAUUCCAUUUAAAGGGAAUGUUAGAAAUGUUUCCGGAACUUUUAUGUAAUUUUCUGACAACGGUCACUCCAGAAUCAAUUAAUCAUUGGAUCGUGUUGCUCUUUUAUAGUAAAAGUAGUUUAAUUUAAGUAGAAUAAAGCAUUUCUACCUUUAUUUAUAUUUUUUACAUUUUCCGUUAUAGUGAAAAAUGUUACAGCAAUGCUCAACGAGGGUUUUUCUUUAUUCCAUCUUUUGCGGCAGAAAAAACCUGAUCAGUGUACGAGGAAAUAGUAGUUAUUUCUAGCAUUAGAUUUAUACAAUGUUAGUUAUACAGUUUUACAAGUAUUAGGUGGAUAAAUUUAUCGAUUACAUUUAUAUAAAUCUACUCAUUUCUGAAAUAAAGUAUUAAAAGUAACAGUA